AUGCACGACGAAGCAUGCUCAACUCCAACGCAGGGGGUUCUCCCGGGAUUUAAAGUCAUUGACUGUGGAACCAAGUCGGUCAUCGAGGCUCCCGAGAAGUGCUCAUAUAUUGCUCUAUCCUACGUUUGGGGCGGAGGUCAAGGCUCAGGCCAAGCGCACGUAGAAGGAAUAUUUCCUGCGACUAUUGACGACAGUAUUAUGGUCGCUCUUGCGCUGGGGUUUAAAUACCUUUGGGUUGAUCGAUACUGCAUCGAUCAAACAAGCUCUUCCGAGAAGCAUGCGCAAAUCAGCGGAAUGCAUAAGAUAUACUCGGAAGCCGCCCUUACGAUCAUUGCCGCAGCAGGCAAAGACCCAAGCUACGGGUUGCCGGGAGUAGGCGCUACACCCCGAGCAGCUCAAUACCGUGUUCAACUUGGGAACAAGACUCUCGUUGAGAUGUUCCCUCACACCAACGUCACUCUUCAAGAAUCCGAAUGGGUAAGCCGGGCUUGGACAUAUCAAGAAGGUUUCUUGUCGAAGCGGAAGCUCAUCUUCGACGACCACCAGGUUUCAUUCGUGUGCGGCAAGGUGUUCUGUGCCGAAAGCUUCACCCACAGUAUAGAACACCGCGCUCUGAACGAGGAGCUAACCUUCGGCCCAUAUUUCCCCUAUGAUAUCGCCUUCAGGGGGACCGACUGGAAGCCAGAGGGUAUCGCAAAUUGCAUCGAGGAAUAUACGGAGAGGAAUCUCUCGUACGACUCAGACGGCUUGAACGCUUGCCUCGGCAUUCUCAAUUUUUUC